GACAACACUGCUAAACAGCUAAGUCUGGCAACGUCAUUGUUUCCCAAUAAAUAUUUUAAGAGAAAAUAAAGAAAACUUACAAUUGACUGAUUAUUGAUUAAUCUGAAGCUAACGAAUCUCUGGACUCCGCUCUUUAGUUAAACGGCACGACUGCAAAUCAGAGCCCCAACUAGCAGUGAGAGCAAGAGCAAAUAGCAAACAGAAGCCUAUCAACCUGACAUCGACCCCGAACUCUCUUUUCCCCCCAAGAAACUUCUUUGGACCAAAGUUCAGCACAUUCAUUUGGCGAUCAGUCAAGAGUUUUUGACGAUCAGUUUAACUUUGUCGCGAUGGCUGACAACAAUAACUUGCGCACCGCAGUGAUUAACGACGCUCCAUUGCUGCCGCCGUCAAGUAGCGCUCCUGGAGGAGGCUUCUCUAGUGGGCCACCACCCGAUGCAGUGCUUCGGACUCCAUAUGCCGGUAAUGUGCGAGCCCUGCCACCACCCCUACCCCAGUCACCAUACCAACAAACACAAAGCUUAUAUGGAGGAUACGGAGGAGGCUAUAACUCUGGAGGAUUUGGCCUAGGUGGAGGAGGCUAUGGCGGCUAUCAAACCGGAGGUUUUGGCUACGGAUUAGGCUUGGGUAUGGGUGGUUUUGGCAGCGGCUAUGGCGGUGGUUACGGCGGUGGCUACAACCGAUUUGGCAUGGGCAUGGGAGCCAACGACCCGGAGCAGCGAUUUAUACAAAUGGCGGAGGCCAGUUCACGUCCAGCAUUCCAGUCAAUUGAAUCGUUAGUAUCGGCCAUUGGUAACAUUGCUUCCAUGUUGGAUUCGACAUUCUUUGCUCUGACCAGCUCCUUUCGCGCCAUUUUGGGUGUGGCGGCCAAUUUCGGACGAUUGAGAACGGUUUUUGCUCAGUUCUGGACAACAUUUGCCAUAUUCCGCGGACUUAAUUGGGUCUACAGAAAAAUUCUUUACUGGCUGAGAAUAUCGAAUUUGGAUCCCUCAUCAGUAGCAUUUAAAAAGGCUUUUGCUGAAGCAUUAAACGACAAUCAGGGUCAAACUGGAGGAGCUGGUGGACCAAAGCUGCCACGUAAAGGCACAUCCCCUUGGCCCGUAUUGGCGUUCAUCAGUUUCAUUUUUACGGCUCCCUACCUCAUCAUGAAGCUGCUGGGCACAGUGACGAAUACUGCACAGGAGGAAGCCCGUGAUCCGGCCAAGUGGACGGCACCCAUACAAACACAGGCCAUGUUCGAUUUCCAGGCGCGUAAUCAGAACGAGCUCUCUCUGCGAGUAGGACAAUCCAUUCAAGUGGCACCACGCGAAAUUCAACAGACUUUGAAUCUACUCAACACGGGAUGGGCAUUAGCUACCAUAAAUGGACAAACCUCGGGCAUAAUACCAAUUAAUUAUGUGAAAUCCCCGCAACAAAUACGCCAGGAGCAGCAAGCGCUUAAAGUUCCUUCUCCGCCCAGCGAUCAACCUCAACCAAGUUUAAUGAAUCUAUCAGCGGAUGCUUUUCCCGGCCCCCCACUUGAACAGCAACUGAACUAUGACUUCAAUUUAGCUGCCCAGCAACAACAACCUCUUGGACCUCCCUCAACGAUGGCAACAGUUCUCGAGGAGGGAUUCCCCUGAAGAGAUUUCUAGAUGUAGGAUUUGUAUUUCUUUUUGUUUAGUCUUAAGUUAUCCUUUGUACAUUUCCAUUCGUUGUUAGGGGUUUGGCUAGAAUGUCGGAACCGAAAUUUAAACUAUAAAAUUCAUUUGGUGUACCAAAAAUCUGAGUUAAGUUAUAUUCAAAACCAUAUUUAAUUCUAGUUUUGUAUUUAUUUUGAUUUUGUUUCGAAAUAAACUUGAAAUAUUUUUACCAAAAA